AUGGCCUCCUCUGUCACGGUGGUGGUUCUGGCCGCAUUCAAACGAUCGAAUCAAACCCCACCUUCAGUUUCAAAAAUUACAUGGCCCAAAAAGUCAAUUGCCAUCAACCAAGCCCUCGACUCCGCCGUUUCGCUGAAAGAGCCGCAGAAGCUCUACGAGGCCAUGCGCAACUCCCUCCUCGCCGGCGGCAAGCGAGUCGGCCCCAUCCUCUGCAUCGCCGCCUGCAAGUUCGUCGGUGGCACCGAACGUAUGGCCAUGCCCGCCGCUUGCGCUGUGGAGAUGAUCCACACCAUGUCUCUGAUCCACGACGACCCUCCUUGCAUGGACAACGACCAUCUUCGCCGCGGAAAGCCCACGAGCCACAAGGCCUUCGGCGAAACCUUGGCGGUGCUCGCCGGCGACGCUCUCCUGCAGGCAAUGGCGUUCGAGCACAUAGCAGCGUUCACCGUGGGCGUGCCGCCGGCGAGGAUCGUCCGUGGGAUUGGGGAGCUCGCGAGAUUCAUUGGGGCGGAAGGGGUUGUUGGCGGCAGUAUUGAUGUGAUAUAG